AUGGAGUAUAUUACCUUAUAAUCCUAAUAUAAAAUAUAUUUCCAGUUGGUAUGCCAUUACUCAAUUCCAACGCAUUGAUGCCCGCACUGGGUUCCCAUGUUUCGAUGAGCCGCAAUUCAAAGCCACCUAUCGUAUGCGUAUUACCCGGCCCAAGGAGUAUUUAUCGUUCUUCAAUACUAGGCUUUUAAAUACUAAAGUUGACAGUGAUGGUCGUUAUACGGACUAUUUCGAUGUAACCCCACCGAUGUCAACAUAUUUGGUAGCAUUUGUUGUGGGUGAUUUCGAAGCUGUGGGUGAUGAUGAUUUCAAAUUGAUAAUCCAUCCAUCAUUGAGAAAUAAAACGACAUAUUCGACAGAUGUUGCUCUGAAAACAUUGGCAGCCUUUGACAAAUAUACUCAGUUGCCCUAUAAGACUUUGGGUAAUACUCUGAUGCAAAAGGCGGGUUCAAUGCGUUUUCCUCACAAUGGCAUGGAGAAUUGGGGUCUGGUGAUAUAUCACGACUCAGUUCUAUACCAUGAACCCGGCUACACAGACGGCUGGUCGGACAAGGAAUUUACGGUGACUAUUUUGUUCCACGAGACGUCGCACAUGUGGUUCGGCAACAGUGUCACCUUUAAAUGGUGGAGUUACUUUUGGCUAAAUGAGGCCUUCGCUCGUUAUUAUCAAUAUUUCUUGGCUCACGAAGCUUACCCCGAAUUCGAAUUGGACAAACAAUUUUUUGUCAAUCAAAUUCAUUUGAUAUUUGGUACCGAUGCUGCCCGAAGUACCCAACCAUUGACUAGUCCCGAAGAAACCAUAAAUAGUCCUUCUGAUUUGGCGUAUAAAUUUAGUGGCAUAACAUAUGCUAAGGGAGCUGCUAUCCUGCGCAUGAUCAGCAAUUUGAUGGGAAAAUCUAACUUCGAUAGUUCAAUUAGGGAAUAUUUGAAAGAGAAUCACCUGAAAAACGUAGUUCCUGCUGAUCUUUUCAAACAUUGGAAACAACAUUGGCCCCAGGACCAAGAAGUCAAUUUAGAUCAAUUGUUUAAUGAUUGGACAGAGCAGCCAGGAUUCCCUAUGGUUACCAUUUCCACCACCAAAUCGGGACGGUAUCUUUUGAAACAACAACGAUUCCUGCUUGAUCCCGAAGAUGGCAGUGAUACCACCCUAAAAUAUACCAUACCCAUUACCUAUACCAACGACAAUAAGACGAAUUUUGAGGAUCUCACUCCGAAAUUCUAUUUCAAUAAAACCCAAAAUGAAGUCGAAUUUGGAAAUUCCACAGCCGAUAAAUGGAUUAUUUUGAAUUUACAACAAUCCAAUUAUUAUAGAGUUUUUUAUGAAGCCGACCUCUUGGAGAGAAUACAGAAGGCUUUAUUGGAACGUGAGCACAGUGGUAUCCAUGUCAGUAAUCGUGCCCAUCUCGUGGAUGAUUUGUUCACGUAUGGACGCAUAGGUCUUAUGGGUUAUGAUGAGGUGUUCGCCUUCAUGGAAUAUUUGGGGGGUGAAGUUGAAUAUUUAGCCUGGAAUCCGGCAUUUAAGGCAUUCAAUCUCCUCAGCCAGAGAUUUACUUUGGCACAACACGAAAAAUUUGGUAACUUUUUAUUCGAGAUCAUGUGGGCAGUUUAUUCUAGGUUGGGUUUUGAAAAUCCCCAAGAUACGGUAUUGGAUGUAUACAACCGCAAUAAGGUUAUCUCUUGGAUGUGCAAAUAUCAUCAUGAAGAUUGUACCCGCAGGGCCCAACAAUUAUUUAAAUCAUGGGAACCCGCUCAGGUGCCAGUUGAUUUCCAGGAAACUCUUUAUUGUGCUGCCAAUCGCGAUGCUACCUUUGAUAUUUAUCUUGAACUCAAGGAAAUGUUCGAAGGAACCUUAUUCCAACCUCAAAAGGAGAAAAUCUUAAGGGCUAUGGGUUGUACACGGCAUUAUGUCGAUUUUCAUUAUGCCUAUAUUUUGAGUGAUGGCGUACCACAGUCGAUGAAGACCGCGGCCAUUAGUGCCUUGUACAGUCAAACACCGCAAAAUGUGGAACCUGUAUUUUACGCGAUCACCGAAACCGUGGAAGUUUUGGCUGCAAUUUUGGACAGCUGGUCAUCAACGGCCCAGGUGAUCAGUGGCAUUGCCAACUACUUCACCACUCAACAUGAAUUGGAAUUGCUAAAGGAAUUCAUUGAUACCAAGGGACAUUUGUUUGGCAGCUCCGUUACGACCCUAGAGACUGCAGUAAAGACGGUGGAAUCAAAUUUGGCGUGGUCCGAAAAACACUUAGGAAAACUAUUCGACUAUUUAGAGAAUCUCGACUAUCGUCUUAGCAAAGAUGUCGUACCCGAUUUCUAUGAUAUCAAACUGAAACCUUAUCUACAAUCUGAAGAUGGUGUCAAACAAUUUACGUUUGAUGGUGAAGUUAAUAUCACACUGCAUGCGACAGCGGCGAAUGUUCGUAAUAUUACCCUACAUGUGGCAAUGAUUGAGAUUGUGGAAACAAUUCUCUACGAUGCCGAUGAUAAGGCGAUUGACCACUACUGGGGUGAAGAUAAAUUGCAGUAUCAAGUAAUUACAAAUAAAUUGAGUGUACCAUUGACCUCGAACUUGACUCCCGAAAAGCCGUAUAAGUUAUAUUUUAAAUAUACCGGGCGUAUUCGUAGUGAUAUGGGUGGUAUUUAUCGUGCCACCUACGAUAAUAAAAAUUGGUAUGCCAUGACUCAAUUCCACAUUAGUGAUGCCCGUACCGCCUUCCCGUGUUUCGAUGAACCACAAAUUAAGGCACAAUUCCGUAUCCAAAUUACACGUCCCAAAGACUAUUUGUCAUACUGUAAGACCAUAUUAACAUUUUAAUUUUUGUAUUUCAUAAAUUUACUCAAUUUCAGUGAUGGCCGUUAUACCGACAUCUUUGUACCAUCACCGAAAAUGUCCACCUAUUUGGUAGCAUUCCUGGUGGCCAAUGAUUUUGUUGUUGAUGGCAGUGCGGAUUUGAAAGUGAUAAUAAAUCAAAAAUUCCAAAAUAAAACUGGAUUUACUUUGAAAGUGGCCGCCCGUGCUCUGCAGGGUUAUGAUGAGUAUACCCAGAUGCCUUACAAAACGUUGGGCAAUGGCAUAAUGCAAAUGGCCGGAUCGAAUUAUUUUCCACAUGGUGGCAUGGAAAAUUGGGGUUUGAUUUUUUAUCGAGAUCUAGCAUUGACCCAAGAACCCUAUUACACAGACGGGUGGGCCGACAAGGAAUCUACCAUAUCGCUGGUGGUCCACGAGAUAGGUCACAUGUGGUUUGGCAAUACUGUCACUCACAAAUGGUGGAGUUAUUUUUGGUUAAAUGAAGCUUUCCCCACCUAUUAUUCUCAUUAUUUGACGCAACAGAUUUAUCCCGACUAUGACAUGGACCAACAAUUUGUGCUGAAACAAACCCAUUUGAUUUUUGAUUUGGAUGCUACCGCUAACAGCCAACCAUUAUCUCAUCCCGAGGAAAAUAUCAAUACACCCUCUGAAGUUGCGUAUAAAUUCAGCAGCAUUGGCUAUAAUAAGGGUGCUGCCAUUCUCCGCAUGAUUUGCAAUUUAAUGGGAAGAGAGAAUUAUGAUAAUGCCAUUAGAGAUUAUUUGCAGGAGAAUCACCACAACAGUGCCGAACCGGAUGAUUUAUUCAAACAAUGGAAACGUCAUUGGCCCAAAAAUCAGGAAGUCAAUUUAGAUCAAUUAUUCAGUGAUUGGACGGAGCAACCCGGUUACCCUAUUAUCGAAAUAUCCACCACAGAAUCGGGUCACUAUUUAAUCAAACAAAAACGUUUUCUAAAUAAUCCAGAGGAUGGUAGUGAUAAAUCUCUACUCUAUACCAUACCCAUCACUUAUGCCACCAGUCGCGAAAAUAAUUUCGAAAAUCUUCAACCGAAAUUCUAUUUUAAUAGAACUAAAACGGAAAUGGAAUUUGGAAAUUCCGAUAAAGAUGAAUGGAUCGUAUUGAAUUUACAGCAAUCGAAUUUUCAUAGAGUUUACUAUGGAGCCGAACUUUUGGAGAAGAUAAGAAAGGCGUUAAUGGCGCCCAAAUACAGUGGAGUACAUGUCAUUAAUCGUGCCUAUUUGCUGGAUGAUUUAUUCACCUAUGCUCGUUUGGAAAUUAUGAAUUAUGGUGAGGUGUUUAAAUUCAUUGAAUAUUUGAGUGGUGAAACCGAAUAUUUGCCAUGGCAGCCUGCCUUUAAGGCUUUCGAUUUGAUAAGUCCGCGAUUGACUUUGGAGCAACACCGACAAUUUGGUGAAUUUUUAUUUGACAUUAUGUCGGGGGUCUAUAAGAAAUUGGGAUUUGAAAAUCCUGGAGAUAGGGUUUUGGAUGUUUACAAUCGCAAUAUGGUUAUCGCUUGGCUAUGUAGAUAUGAUCAUGAAGAUUGUAAUGUGAUGGCUCAAAAAGUUUUCAAAUCCACGGAACCAAAAUUAAUUCCUGCCGAUUUCCAGGAAACUCUCUAUUGUGCCGCAAAUCGUAAGGGUUCGGUUGAUAUUUAUAAUACCCUCAAAACGGAAUUUAUUAAAAUGGAGCUACAAAGUCAAAAACAAAAACUGCUGCGUGCCAUGGGUUGUACGCUCCAUGUUGUGGACAACCAUUAUAACUUCAUAUUAAGCAAUGAGGUGCCUCAAUCAAUGAAGAGAUCGGCCAUUAGCAGUUUGUAUAAACAAACACCGGAAAAUGUUGAUCCUGUUUUCCAACUCAUCAAUAACACACUGGAGGUCUUAACAAAGGCAUUGGGUAGCUGGUAUAACACCGCCAUAGUUGUAAGUGAUGUGGCCAAUUAUUUCACCACCGAGGAUCAAUUAAAGGAAUUGACUGAAUUUAUUGGGACAAAAGGUCAUCUGUUUGGUGAAGACAUCAAUGUUUUGGAAAAUUCCGUUAAAACGGUAGAGAAUAAUCUCGCUUGGUCGACGAAACAUUUGGGAAGUCUAUUCCUAUAUUUGGAGCAACGAAAUGGUGCUGCCGCCACAAUUACGAACUCGUUGCCAAUUUUAACGAUUAUGAUUGUUGUCAUAUCUUAUUUGAGAUAUUAA